AACACCAGAUACAGAAGGAGAGGAGAAUAUAAUUUUUUCUCAAUGUUAAUUCACUGACUACAGCUGUCAUCUAACCCUGCUUGGAGAACCUUCUAUUGCCAGGUGGAUUUCUGUUUUAAAAAGAGGAAUUUGUAUUUACACAUACGUUGGUGGUGAUCUGGGACUUAUUUAUUUAUUUCUUGGAAGAGGAUACCCCCGCUGUUUGCUCUCUGAUAUGACAGGGAAGAUAGUAGAGAAGAUCCCGGUGACGAUGAACGGCUUGUUAAACCAUCUGCAGGAUAAUAUCUACCCCGAGGAUGAUAUUUCCUCGGCCGUGCCCACCUCCAUGAACAUUUUUAGCUCGGAAUCAAACAACGCCUACAAUCAGAUGGCUGGGGAUGCUCUUCUGGACGUUACCAUGGACAAAGGUAGUCAGGACAUGUCCUACGCUCCCACUUUCCAGAGCUCCGGUCGCAAUCAGACUCUCACAUACCUGGGUAAAUUUGCCUUCGACUCCCCACCCGGGCCACUUGGAGGUUCGAACUGGUGCUCAGAAAACAUCAUCAACUUGGCGGGCCUGUUCGGGGUCUCUCAUUCGCCCUCGACCAGCACCCAGACAUCGACUGCCUGCACAAUGGUGCAGAACCAAGGCGAGAUAGAUCAACUUUAUCAGGGACCAACGCCUUAUCCACAAUGCAGUGAAAUGUACCAGGAGCAGGUCUAUCACACUCCCCCGACAACCACCACCAACCUCUACUCCAACCAGGAUUAUCACUCCAAACCUGCUCAGGACAAUAAUAUAUUCCCAGUCAUUCCGGAUUACAACCUGUUUCACCACCAGAAUGACCUGGCUUCCAUUACGGAACACAAACAUUACCCAUCUUCAGUGGAUCCCAUUAGGAUCCCUCCUCCUCUCACUCCACUCACCACUAUCAAAGCCUACACGGAUUCUAAGCAGAUGCCCGCCAGCUUCAGUUCUCACCCGCAGCCCUUGACCCUGAAGCCCAUUCGGCCGAGGAAGUACCCCAACCGACCCAGCAAGACUCCCGUCCACGAGAGACCCCACGCCUGCCCAGCCGAGGGUUGUGACCGACGCUUCUCCAGAUCGGACGAGCUGACCAGACACCUGCGGAUCCACACGGGCCACAAGCCCUUUCAGUGUCGCAUCUGUAUGAGGAGCUUCAGCCGCAGCGACCACCUCACCACCCACAUCAGGACCCACACAGGGGAGAAGCCCUUCUCGUGUGACUUCUGUGGGCGCAAGUUUGCCCGGAGUGACGAACGCAAGAGGCACGCCAAGAUCCACCUCAAACAGAAGGAUAAAAAAAUGGACAAGAAUCCCACGGCUCCCAACCCGGCAGCAACAGCCGGUGUUCCGGUGACAACCUGUGCUUAGACUAGCGUCUCUCAAUGCGUAAAAACGCAAAAGGUUGAAUUGUACUCACGUUGCUGCAAGCGGCGUCCAUUGCCACGCCACGCCAGUGCAUUGGACUUUUGCACGUUUUACUACGGGGCCAAUUUUCCUGGUGGCGCAAUGUGACUUGCACCCAACGCGCCUGCUGGUGCACAACUCGAGAUGCGAACCGGUGCAUCUUUUCUGGAAGUUCCAGUGAGCUCUGGCGGAUCCGCUCUGCGCAUAUUUUGAUGAGUAUACAUUCCAGUCCAUCCGCCAAUGUUUUAGCGUAUUUUCGGCGCAGCUCCGGAACGCCCGAAAGCAGGACGGCGGAAUUUGUGAAGCAACAAUCAGGAACAAUAUUGUCGAAGAUUAAGUUAAUGUCAGACCUUUAACGCGGUUAAAGGUCUCUUGGUCUCUUCCGACGUGUUAUUUGAAGAAUAUGACUACUAUUGGACAACACUGACCCUACAUCAUAAAAAAACACAGUUGACUUUUAUUGAGCACAUUUUUGAUUAUAAAUUGAACUCAUGUCCUUAUUGUGUGGACACUGACGUCUGUUUAUAAAUCGUUGUGAUAGACUAAUACAAUUCAGCAUUGCAUUCAGUGGGAUCACUUACUUCACUCAGAUACUUUUUAAAUAAACAAACAAAAAAUCCUUGGUGUUUACUAGCCGGACAGCCUUCCCGGUGAACUUGUAACGAUAACUGCAAAGUAAUCACACAAUAUAAAUAUUCCGAAGAAUAAGUCAAGACGCACCUUUGUUUCUUCAAUGGCCGUCCACUGCCGUGUAAUGACCCGCCGCCAGACAGCCUGUGUUGUGUUCUGCAGUUUGCUGCAAUUAAUGAAUUGCCGCUAUCAUGUUUGACUUUGUGUAUACAGCAUUCACAACGUGUAUACUUUGUGCGUGCACCUCAGUUGUAGAUGACCAACAGGAUUACUGAGAUUGGCUCUGGGGAGGAAUUUUCAUGAGAGCGCAAGAGCCAUUGAUAAACACCUCACCAUGUGUACAAUCGGAACUUUUGUUGUAUUGGUCCUCUCCUCCGCCUUCUUUGUCAUUUUAUUACAAAAAAGGGAGCACUUUUGCACCCAGUCAUUAAAUUCAAAGCAUGUUACUGCACGAUGGCAUUUUUCCAUGGGAACCAUGCACAAAGCAAAUGGUUCCCUUUUGCUCUUUACAGUUUUAAAUGUCUGCAUGUGGGGGAAAAAGUUGUCAGACAAGGGAUCAAAGUGGUUUGAUAUAACAGUUAAGAAGACACCUGUGAGAAAUGUUUUUUUCCUGGAAAAUUUUUGCAUAAAGUACAGUAUUUUGAACAGAGAUGUAUUAUAUUUUGUGGCUUUAUUUUUAAGAUUUUAUUGUAUCUUAUAAUAAGGUACAGGCUUGGUUUUGUGAAGAGAUGGUGAUUACUCACCAAUGUUCUCAUUGGCUUAUUGUCUAUUGUAAUGCAAAUACUGUAGUUUAAAGUAUAGGCAUUUGAGAGAUAGCUGAUGUAUUGUUGUACCAUUUGCACUGUGCGCAAAUGUUGAGAUAUAAAUAUAUUGUGUUUGCUG